AUUUUCUUCAUUACGGACAAAAAAAGUCAAUAGUCUUUGUUCUAAACUUCCAAUGCAGAGAAGAAGCAAAAGAAAUCUUCGCUUACCAAUAAAUACUUACGCCCUCUUUCUUUUCAAAUUUUCUUCAAAACCCUCACUCAGUUACAGCCAAUAGUUGCAAAGUAGCAGUAGUUUAAGAUGUUAAGCUCCUGUUUUGGGAGUUGCUUUGGUGGGGGUGAUGGUGAUAGUCUUCUAUGGCAUAUGGACUUGAAGCAACAUGCCACUGGUGACUAUUCUGUUUGUGUAGUUCAGGCCAAUUCAUUGCUUGAAGAUCAAGGUCAAGUUUUAACAACCCCUUGUGCUACUUAUGUUGGUGUUUAUGAUGGUCAUGGUGGCCAUCAAGCUUCUCGCUUCAUCAACAACAAUCUCUUCCCUCAACUCCAGAAGCUUGCAUUGGAAGAAGGAGGAUUGUCUGAGGACGUGAUUAGGAAAGCAUUUGAUGACAUUGAAGAGGGAUUCUUGCGUUUGGUUAAGCAGUCUUGGCUGGAUCAGCCUCAGAUUGCUUCUGUGGGAUCUUGUUGUCUAUUUGGAGCAAUUUCAAAAGAUAAAUUAUAUGUGGCAAAUCUUGGGGACUCCAGGGCAGUGCUUGGCAGGAGAGGGGAGAGUGGCCAGACGGGUGAUUCAGCAGUAGUUGUGGCAGAACGUUUAUCUAUAGAUCAUAAUGUUGGGGUUGAGGAGGUAAGGAUGGAGGUAGAGGCACUGCAUCCAGAUGACCCUUACAUUGUGGUCUACACUCGAGGGGUUUGGAGAAUCAAGGGUAUAAUUCAGGUUUCUAGAUCAAUUGGAGAUGUCUAUCUGAAGAAACCCGAGUUUAGCAGAGAUCCUUUCUUCAUACAAUAUGGAUAUCCAAUUCCUUUAAAAAGAGCUGUAAUAUCAGCAGAACCCUCUAUAUUGAUCCGGAAGAUAAGACCAGAAGACUUAUUUUUGAUAUUUGCAUCGGAUGGCCUAUGGGAACAACUAAGCGAUGAAGCAGCUGUGGACAUUGUUUUGAAGAAUCCUAGAACUGGAAUAGCAAAACGAUUAGUGAGAGCUGCCCUUGAAGAGGCUGCAGAGAAGAAGGAAAUGAGAUACGAGGACAUCAAACGACUAGAGAAGGGGGCAAGGCGGCAUAUUCACGAUGAUAUAACAGUUAUUGUGAUAUAUUUGGAUCGCCCUGAAAGGUCCACAAAUGCUGGAUUUAACAUUGUUAAGGGCACGAACGUUCCUCUUGACAUAUACUCCUUGAACUCAGGUCAUCAAGGAGAAAACACAUCUUAUGUUUCCCCAUGAACAAUGUCUAUGAGUACAUGUAUACAGUAUACGGUAUACCAUCUUGUAAAUACAUUGUCUUGGACUUGGAGAGUUUCUUUAUAUACUUCCAUAUAACAAUCAGAAGGACCAACCAUGUACCUUCUGCGUUGGAGUUGAUAGGACUAAGCUGAUUACUUACAGCUUGGGCUAUUACUUGUAUUUUUGCCUCUUCCAUCGAAAAGCCCUUUUUAUUUGUA